AUGGCAAUCAACUUGCCUACUCCAGGGCUCUCCCCUUCGACCUCUGUCGGCCCUUCGCCCGCUUUCGAAAUCAUUCAGUCUCCCGAUGAUACGGAUGUAGAGGGCUUUGACUUUGACCUCGGUCCCGCGGCCAAAGAGGAGAAGGAUCACAUCCCCGAAUGCUGGGGACAUCGAGGAGUGAGUGGUGCUGCUGAAAACACUCGCGCAUCAUUCAUUGAAGCGUGUAAGGCAGGAGCAGAUGGCAUUGAGACGGACAUCCACAUCACGUCCGACAACGAAUUGGUCAUGUUCCAUGAUCCGAACCUUUCUCGAACGACAGAUGGCCAAGGCAGAAUCGACUCGCAACCAUGGCACGGGGUCUUGGAACACGUGAGGACCAAGCAGUCUCCUCAUCAACCUAUCCCUCGCUUCACCGAGGUCCUCGACAUCCUGAUGGAUCAUCCUGGGGUCAAGCUCAAUCUGGACUGCAAGAUCGAGAACGAACCUUACAAGCUAUUUGGACUGGUCAAAACUGUCAUCGAGUCUUAUCCUGAUUGGGCGACAAAGCUUGCUCCUCGUAUCAUCCUCGGCCUUUGGCACCCCAAAUACAUCGGCCCUGCAUCCCAGCUGUUGCCCUACCUUCCCAGGUAUUGCAUCUCUAUGUCUAUCCCCCAAGUUCGACAGUACUUUUUCCAACACUGUCAUGGAUUCAGCGUUUAUUUUGAGGCUCUGGCUUCUGCCGACGGUGCAGCCUUCAGGGCCGAAUGCAAAGCUGCUGGCAAGUGGAUUUGCUCCUGGACAGUCAACGACAAGGAGGAAAUGCGAGAAUGUGUCAGGUGGGGCAUAAAGAGCAUCAUCUCGGACAAGCCUGCGCUAUGGAGGGAAGUGAAGGCUGAGAUACUCGCCGAUCGUGCCAAGGCCCUCAAGCCAUCGCUGACGACCUAUGUUCUUCCGUGGUCUUCGAAGAAAAAGUACUGGUUCGACUAUGAGCAAAAGGCGAGAGAAGAAUUCGAAUACCUCGAAAAGGAAGGAGGCAGAUUCGACGAUGUCAUCGUGCCGGAACUUUCGUUGAGGAUCGCCAAACCUGGCGACGUAAUGAGUGGCCAAGGCGUCUUGGCCUGA